AUGAAUAUUCUUCAACGCUACGGUCUGGCGCGAAACCUGACCUUCAUACUUCCCUUAGAAGACAAUUACCUUGGUAAGCACACUACUCUGGAGCUUUCACCAAGGAUCCUAGUUCCACCCGAAAAGAAGGCCAUUAACAUCCUUUGUAAUCACGUUGUAUACAACAGAUCGGCAUUCCAUACGGCUUUAACCGGUCGAAGAAUCGUUCACGAAAAUACCGAGAAUGAAACUAAAGGGUCCUGCAACCAGAAUUUGGUAAUGUCUGGCGAAAACACCAAGGACAACCGGUGCGGGUCUCGAAUAGACACAAACCGAACUACGAUUGAUAUAAGCGAUUAUACUCUUUUCACUAUGAUACGGAGACCUUUAAGUCAGGUUCUUUCGGCUGUCUAUUACUACAAGUUAUUUCCUAAAGUUGCGACUCAUGAUCUAAUGGAAGCGAUUUUAAAGACACCGACUCUCUUCACUGCCAAUCGGAUGUCAUUUGAUCUUGGCCUUCCUCCGUCUCAGUUCUACAGCCCAACAAAAGUUCAAGAAUUCAUAACCAGUAUCGACGCUGACUUCCAUCUUGUCUUGCUCAUGGAAUACUUUGAUGAGUCGAUGGUACUACUUCGGCGUCGCCUCUGUUGGAAGACCACCGAUAUUUUAUAUAUAAAACGAAACUCCGGUGAGAACCGACCUCGAAUCAGAGUCACCAGUGAACAGCAAGAACGCUUCCGCCGAGAACAAGCGCCCGCUGACAGCGCCCUUUACGACUAUUUCCGACCACGCUUCUGGCGCGCUAUACGCACCGAGGGAUCGGAUUUUUUUGACGAGGUUCACCAUUAUCGAUCAUUACUCUCACUGGUACAAGACUACUGUUCAUAUAUCAAGUACCGGCAGUUCGAUCCUGAUCCCGUACGUGGCACUGCAUUUACCGGGGAUGGCCUGAACCAAACUAGAAGGAUCGUGGAUAAUAAUGAGAAUCCACUGAGAAUUGCUGCCAGUCGGUGGCAUAAUGAAUUUUCCAUCGGGAGUGAAGAAUGUAAUAUCAUGACAAUGGAAGAACUUUCGCUAGUAGAUCGCAUACGUCAAUUAGAAUACGGCAAGGAGAUUCAGGUCAGAAAGAAACAAAGGGAACGUUAA